UACAAUUCAAUAGAAGUUAAUAUUGUGGUAUAUUUUAUAUACAAUAUUGUCUAAAUUUCCAAAAUUGUGUAAACAAAAAUAUUACCAAUAAAGCCACAGAAGAACUGUUGUGCAUAUCCUAACAAAAAACAAUAGGUGUUUGACUUGAAGCAGCACUCCACAGACCAUUCUGUGUAUGGCAUCAAAGUACCACAAGAGUGAAAAGAGCAUUUUUGAAAUUUUUGUUUUGAUGUUAAAUAAAUCUAGUUUUGCUUUUUUCGUUAAAGCAGUGUUGCAAGUUAUACAGCUACAGUUGUGUUGCUGGGUUUUAAUUUCACUGUCCACUUGGUUCAAAUGUGGAUGAAUGGCUACAUAGUUGUGCACACACACUGCCGAAGCUGUGUGAGAUCACUACCAUUCUGCUUUUGAUGGGUAGGGGUGUUAAAUGAAAUAGUGUUUUUUGUUUUUUUUUGUCAACUCACUUGUUUCACUUCUAUAGGUUUUUAACAUUCUAAAAGCUCUUUACUCCAAAGAUACUACAAGCUAGUCAGUGUAUUCAGUAGGUGUAAUGUAUUAUAGCUUCAGAGGCAUAAGGUAUUGCGGUUAUUACAUACAACAAUAAUAGAGCAAUAAUAAAACCGUCUGUUGACAUAAAAAAUGAAAUUUACUUUUGGUACUUAAGUACUUUUAAAAGCACUUAAGUAAAAAUCUGUCUUAAGUAAAAAUCUUUACAACUUUCACUUGUAAUAGAGUAAUAUUUGACCAGCAGUAUAUGUACUUUUACUCAAGUAAUGGAUUUGUGUACUUUGUCCACCUCUGGAAGUUGUACUGUGAUUCUGUUUUAUAUUCUGAAUGUUUUAGCGCAAAGAAUUGUUUAAUAACAUAACAAUGCUCAAUACAAAGUCCACCUCAGUAAUUUAAUAACUCUUCAGUGAUGUGUAAUGUAUUAAAACUGAGAAUAGCAAGUUCAGUAGAGUGUUUUUCUGUAGCUAUUAGCUUGAUAUUCUCUCAAGGGCAUGAUAAAGAGAUAUGAGCUGUUUUUCUUAUCUCGGAAUAUGAGUACAGAAUUCAAAUGGCCGAGUGGAUUGGUUACCCACUGAGUGGCACAUUUAAUGGCACGAUGCUGUAUCAUGGCCCGCAAAAAGCCGGUGUCCUCUGGGCUUCAUAUUAAGGACUUGAGCUUCAGUGGAAUUCCAGUGAGGGUGUAUGAGCCUACAACUGCCUCAGGAGAGAAAAAACGGGGCCUGGUCUACUUUCAUGGUGGUGGAUGGAUGUUUGGCUGCAUUGAUGAUUAUGAUGAAGUGUGUCAGUAUAUAUCACUGGAGAGUGACACCAUAGUUUUGUCUGUUGGUUACCGUCUGGCCCCUGAGCACAGGUACCCUGCCCACCUGGACGACUGUGAGGUCGUGACUCGCCAUUUCCUGUCAAUAGCAGAAACCGAUUUCGGGGUGGACCCACGCAGGGUGGCAGUUGGCGGGGACAGCGCAGGGGCGAACCUGGCAGCUGCUCUCUGCCAGAGGCUGUCAAAGACACCGGAUUGUCAUCUGCUAUCUCCCUGUGCCCAGGUUCUCAUCUACCCGGCACUGCAGAUGGCAGAUUUCCACCUGCCCUCAUACCAGCAGAACCACUCUGUGCCCAUAUUGUUCAGAGGCCGAGCGGUGUUCUAUUUCCUACAGUACCUCAACGGGAAUACUUCUGUGAUCCAGCAGAUUCUGGAAGGCAAGCAUGUUCCUAUCGAGCUAAAACUGCGCUUUAAGAAAUGGCUGGAUCUAGAUAAUCUUCCACCUCAGUUUAGAAAGGGAGCAAGAAGUCCGCAGGUUAUCCCAAGCCAUGAUAGUGAUGUCUAUCACAUCAUCAAACAAGGGCUGGAUCCAGAGAUCUCCCCUUUACUAGCCGAGGAUGAUGUUCUUCGCCUCGCGCCAUCCACCUUCAUCUUGACCUGUGAGUUUGAUGUGCUGAGGGAUGAUGGCAUUCUGUUCCGCAAGCGACUGAAGGAUGCAGGAGUGGAAGUCACGUGGGAGCAUCUAUCUGAUGGCUUCCACGGGAUCAUCAGUUUCUUCAACCAGGGCUGGUUGACAUUUCAAUCUUCUCAAAAGGGUAUGGACAGCAUUGUAAGAUAUAUAAGAACUCUCUGACUGAGAAGCCAAAGGAUUUGUCAGAAUGACAUAGAAAAUAGCCUGUACGAGUUUUUUUUUUUUUUUUUUUUUUUGAGAAAUGGGAAUGAACAAAAACACUUUCCCAUUUGUUUUAAAGAAGAGUUAUAAGGUUGUUAAAGUUAAGGUAGGCAAUUUUUUUCCAGAAACAUUUUCUGUUAAUCUGGUUGAAAGACUUUUCACAGCAUGAUGGCCACCAAUAAUUAAAGUGCUCCAAAUAAACAAAUAAAUAUAUGCAUACAUAAAUAAAUAAAUAUAUAUAUAUUCAAAGAUUUGCCAAACAACACAGAGACAGGCAACCAGGUAAACAAGAGUGAUAAUUUUACAAAAUGGAGGAGUUUGAUAGAAUGUUUGAAUUUCAAUUGAUUAAAUGAACUUACAGAGUUAAUCUGUAAACUAUCCAUAAUAGUUUGUGAUGUUUGAGUUUGGGGAGGCAUUGCAUGCAAAAGGGGAUUUUGCAAAGGUUGUUUGAAAGCAUGCUUCCUUGCUUUAAUCGAUGGCAUAAGCCCACAUCAUUUCAUGUUUAAUUACAGGUGAAAAAUUACAACUCCCAUGAUUCUGCUAUAAAAUAUCAACCAGAGAAUGACAUUUUAAAUAUUUCCGUGCUUAAUAUGCAUAUUAUCCAAUAAACGCAAAGUAUAUUAUUUCUGUAUAUAUAAUCAAUAUCUUUAAAUCAAUAGUUUUAUAGAUAAUAGUAAGAUUCUAUCAUUCACAAUGCAUCAUGGGAUUGUAGUUCUUUUUUGUACAAUUAUAAAAUAUUGUUUUAUUGUUUGUUUGUUUUUUUGCGUCAAUCACAAAUCAAAGUUUGUAAUAUUGUGAUUCACCUCAUAGCUGGUUGGUUUGUUUCGUGGCUUAUUAAAGACGUAAAAAAUACCUAUACGAAAAAAAGAAUAGAAAAAAAAAUAAUUAAAGAAAAAAGGCUGCUAAAAAAAAAUCUAUACUGAUUUUCUCCUUGUAGAAUCAUUAAUGUCAUUCAGCAAUAUUCUGUGAAUAAUAGCAAGAAAGAUUAUUAGGUUUAUCAAAAAAAAAAGUGUUUUUAAAUGUGUUAAACUGUGUUUGUAAUGUACAAACAAUGCUCAAUUUGUCAAUUGAAUCAUGAAUGGUAUUCCAGUGUGUGACACUUAAAAUUCCUCCCACGUCCCUUCUACAGCCUCAUUUGUAGGAGACUGCAGUCUUUCCUUUGGUGCUACAAGUGAAGCUAAUUAUCAUCAUUCAGAGUGUUAGUCAGCAUUUGCAUGGUGCGUUUAAAGGAAUCUGAUGAACCUUCUUUCUCUGCAGCUGCUCAUAGAGUGUAAUAUUCGGGUCAGGGAAUUAAAACUCCAUUCGUUUUCUCCACAGAGAAAUGGAUUUUUAACAAUAAUUGACAAAUCUUUAAAGACAGGCCUGCUGUGAGCUCCGAUGUUGUUAAUCGAAUGUUAAUGCUUUCGUUAAACCAAUCUGUUCACAUUAAUUCAACUUAUUUUAUUAUUUUUUUUUUUUUUUAAAUAAGUUUUAUAGUGGAAUUCAUGGUUAAAAACUACAUUACAUUAUGAAUCAUAUUAGUAACCAUGUUUUUUUGGCG